CGCCACUAUCGCACGUUGCAUUGCUGAACAACCUGGUCAAUGUUGAUCAAGCUCUCCGGUUCUGCUUUGGAUUUCUUAUCUCUCUGCCAAUACUCUUCUCUACAGGUUCUUAUAUUGGUCGGAUCUGUGAAUAAUCUUAUCUACGCGUCUCGAAGGAUGGCGGCAAACAUAGGACAACAAAUGAGAGGUCACCUUACGCGACCCAGACAUAUCGACUGAACAUCACCUCCGACGCGCGAUGCUGAUUGGAACAUACCUUUCCCUGCCAUGACCUUUAUUGAUAGGUACCUGAUAUGGGACCCUUGCUUCGAGAGGGGCCGCUAGGGCCUCAGGGCCAACCAAUAGAUAAUUUCGGCGCUUUUGCCGAAAUCUCGACUGAGAAGUCUGGCCUCGAUGCAACUUCUCUUAGAGACCGGGCCUCCACGCAUUGAUUGAAAGCACGUUUUGACUAACCCGCAGGGUUGCACUAACAGCACAGACCAUAGGCCGGAUCCUUCAGGAUGACACCUUGUUCCAUGUUAGCUCAAAUCCAACCUCCCGCAGGGCCCUUUUCGCAUAUCUACCA